UUUUCUCGAAAAUGCAGUCAGAUCCCUGAUCGUAAUUGAAAUGCUUCCAAGAUGGAAAUUGAGAGUACACGCGCCAAAAAGUUCCUAACUUUAGAUGGACCGAGAGACGAACUAGGACACGCAUGACGCUACACGUCACAUGCGUAGCGUCCCACGUUUUGUUUCCCACGGAGUUAUCUCGAGUCGACUUUGAGAGAAGAUUUAUAAACGGAACUCUAUCAACGUGUCGCGUUUAUAAGAGGUUAAAUGGGCGAUUGCCUCGGGAGACGACAUGGUUAAUCCGUAGAAAUCCGUGAUCUCUCAAACACGUGGACUCCGCUUACGAGAGACGCAUGUGAAAGCUCGAAAGUUGUCGAUCAACAUUCGUCUCGCAUUCCUCGGACUUCACUGACUACCACGACGUAAAACGUCGAGCUCCAUGGUGCGAAUUGUAACUUCAAUUGUAUUCUUCUUUUAACAAAGCAAAUUCUGCGAUAUAAGCUAUAAGACAUUUAUUAAAAAGCCAAAGGUUCAAAUAAUUCUCUCAAAAUGUUAGAAAAAAUCACUGAGAUAUUGCAAUUGAAACACAUAAUUAGAGAGUUUCCUAGAAAUAUGAAAUUUUGCUUCGCUUAUGGAUCAGGUGCGUUCAAACAGGUUAAUAAUGAUGGCAAUAACAUGCUGGAUCUCAUAUUUGUUGUACGUAACGCUAACAAAUGGCAUGCAGAGAAUUUGGUAAAUAAUCCUAACCAUUAUGCUCAACCAUUGAGAUUCUUUGGUCCCAAAACAAUCACAAAUGUGCAAGAACAAUUGGGUGCUAAAAUAUUUUAUAACACAUUGGUCAAAACAAAUCAAGGUCAGCUCAUUAAAUAUGGAGUAAUUUCCGAGGUUUCAUUGGUGGAAGAUUUAUUAGAUUGGAAUGAUUUGUAUUUAGCUGGGAGAUUACAUAAACCAGUUAAAGUAAUUGUAGAACCAGAUGAAAAUUCUCAAUUGCGCACUGCUCUGGUGCAGAAUUUGCAUUCGGCUAUACAUGCAGCUUUGCUGUUAUUACCUGAACAUUUUACAGAGAUUGAUUUUUUCAAAAAGAUUACUAGUCUAUCUUAUCAUGGCGAUUUUCGAAUGAUCUUUGGCGAAAAUAAAGAUAAGAUCAGUAAUAUUGUGCUACCACAAUUGCAUCAUUUUAAACAAUUGUAUGAACCAAUUUUGAAACACUUUGACAAUUAUAUAGAUAUUCCAAAGUCAGAUCACAUGAUUGUUACGUGUCACCAAGAUAUCAGUCCAGCGACUAAAAUCCAUCAUUUGAAUCAUUUACCCAGAAUGCCACAAGUUAAAUUAGUUAGAGCAUGGUCUCAGGGUCCAAGAUCAAAAGACACAGAGGAUUGUUUGCGCGCUAUAGCCCAUGAUCCAGAAUGCUGCGACAUAUUGGAGCAAUGUUUAAAAGAAAUUGUUUGGAGAUCUAGUGUGACGCAAAGCUUAAAAGGAAUUAUAACGGCAGGAUUUGUAAAAUCUGUUAAAUAUAGUGGCGCCAAAAUAAUUAAGAUGUUACAGUCGAAUACCUCCAAGAAUAUUUUGCCCAAGCCUUCUCUGUCUGAUUCAAGCAAAAUCAAAGUUGUUCAAACUGUUGUAAAGAAAACAGAACCAAAAAAGGAUGUUGAAAAACGCGUCGAAUAAUUACUGUAUUUUCUCAGAAAGAGAUAA